AGACGUCUGUAAUUGGCUGAAGGAGCUGUCCGACUUAUCACGAGUUGCGACACGUCACUACCGCGUGGGUCUGACAUAAAAGAAGUCAGAGCGGUCUUGUGAUCAGGGAACUGAGAGUCACUGGAACCGACGGCAGGCGUGGUAGUGAGGACUCACCUGUGCGAUGGAUCUCCGUGUUGUUGUGUACGCUCUCUGUCUCUCACUGCUGCUGCUGCUGGGCCUCUCUCAUGCAGAGCAGGUGAAGUUUGUUGACUGUGGCUCAUCUGUUGGAAAUGUGAUUGAGGUUGACAUAAACCCCUGCCCAACUCAGCCAUGUCAGCUUCACAAGGGACAGUCCUAUGCUGUAAACGUGACCUUUGCUAGCGGGACUGACACUCGGACAAGCAAAGCUGUGGUCCAUGGCGUGAUCGCUGGUGUCCCUGUUCCCUUUGCAAUCCCUAAUGAUGAUGGCUGCAAGUCUGGAAUCCAAUGCCCUAUUCAGAACCAAAAGACUUACAGUUAUGUCACCCAGCUUCCUGUUAAAACUGAGUACCCUUCGAUAAGACUGGUUGUGGAGUGGGAACUUAGAGACGACUCCAGUAAGGAUUUGUUCUGUAUCGAGUUUCCUGUCCAGAUUGUGAACUGAAGGUCAACACCAUCUCCAGGAAAGGAAAAAGGGAUAUUGUGAUUUGUUUUAUGAACUUUAAUUUUUUAAAGAUAUGUUUUAGGAUGAUUUUUUUUUCUUUCUAAUUAGUAAUGAACACUUUUUUUUUUUUUUUUUUUUUUUUUUUUUUUAACCUUUUUGAGGAAAUGUUUACUCUGAUUUAAUAUUAAUGGUAGAAUGGUCUUAGUAAUUGAGUUAAUGUUUUAAGUGAUCAAUGUAAAUGAUUAAAAGUAUAUCUAAAUGCUAUUUCCUGGAUGCUGUAUGGCUACCCAGAGGUAGUACUAAUUUUCUAUCCUAAAGGCUCUAAUUUUUUAAUAUUGAACUUAUCAAAUAUAAAUAUUCCACAUGUAUGUUAGAAAUAAAGAACUUUUUUUUUAAAAAUGGUUGAUCAACAUGUGCCGUUACUGGGAGUGUGUUUGUCUUCCAUUACUAAUAAUUAGAAACUUUGUGUGAUUAUAGUGAAUGACCAUUUCUUCUUGAAAUAAAAGCCAAAUGCAGUAACA